GCCCCUUUCCUCUCCCUAAACUCUGCUUCUGUCAACUUUCUGUUUUACAGUGAUUUGAUUGCUUGGUCGCAGCUCUGUGAGUCGGUCCAACCGGACACCGGACACACCUCGCCCUGCACCACCACCACCACCAGACUCUCCUCUUCUUCAUCUUCCUCACCACCGACAGACAGAAAGCCUGUAGUUAGUAGUGUCUUCGUCGCUCUCCAGGGUGGAAGAUGUCCGCUGGCUCCUCCGGGCCACAGCCAGUUUAGGAAGAUCUUUUUUCCUCACGGAGCCUCACCAGGAAAACAACAACAUCUUUGUCAUUUUAGAGGCACCUAUCCCAGUUGGACCCCCUCUCUCUUUUAAGAGCUUUUUAUGUCUGUGAAAGCGUUUCCUGGACUACUAUCGUGGAGUUAACUAGCUAUGUGUGCUGUGCCAGGCCAAGAAGAGGACGGACCGGAGCAGGAGAUGUCUUCAGGCUAACAGCAGCAGCAGCAGCAGCAGCAGCUAACUCACUGUUAUCUGGACCACAAACUCACAUUAUUUAGCACAUUAGUCGGCUCUCCUUUGUUUUUAAGACACUCCUCUGUUCGCAGACGCUCAGUGUUAACUAGAAAGAUGCAGAAAUAGCGGUUACUUCUGUUAGCUUAACCGUUAAAAUCGUUUUCAGCUUAACCGUUUAAAUCGUUGUUAACCGUUAAAACCGUUGAUAGCUUAACCGUUAAAACCGUUAAAAUCUGUAGUCAACAGCAACGUUAAUGUCAUCUUGCACGCGUGGCUCAGUAUUAAGCUAGUCAGCUUCAACACAUCAUAACAACACAAGCUAUUAAUGCCUAGCCUUUAUAUUCACUGACACAAAACACACAACAGGGACUGCAUAUUUGACUGAGUUUAAGAUCUAACAUAAUAAAAUAACAUAAAAUUUAAAAAAAUAAAUAACUAUACAAUAUAUAAUCUCUUGUACACUACUGAAACAGAAUGAUUUAUUUUGCAUACACGUGUUAAUAGUUUGUUAACGAUGAGCAAUGCAUAAUACAUUUGUGUUAUUGCUAUUAAUACACUAAUGUUCAUGUUGACUACAAGUGAAGGAAUUAUUUAACCUAGCAGGUGGGUGGACAAACGUGACUACUAACUAGCACGCAAAAGGAAAAGGAAAAGUGUUUGGUGUUUAUUGGUACCUGUUCAUCCUUAUAAUAAAUCACAACGCAGGAGAAGACUGCAGCUCAACCUGUUGGCCAUGGAGGGAAAUGUACAACAACAACAACAACAGAAAAUGACUCCUUUAGCUCGGGAACUGAUGAGGACAUUUAACAGCUACAACAAACAGACCAUACAGCUCAAGAAGAACCUGAAGGAGACUAAUGCCUUCUUCAGGGAAAUAAGGCAAAAUUACAGCAAUGCUUGUGCAUCGACCAUGAGCUCGGAAUCAGCUUCUUUUGAGGCAGGCCAGCUCAGCUGCAUCUCUUUCCCUAGCCAUGAGGAAGAGUUCCUGCGCAACACUGUGGGCGCUGCCCCGUACAUCCUGGUACUGGGCCAGGACUGUGCUGCCCGAUACCAGCUGCUCAACUGCCUUCUGGGGGAGAGGCUGCUGCCACUGGGCCCAGAGGCCGGCGAGGCUUGUGAAGGAGUCCAUGGCACUGUCUGCAAGAGGCGGAAGCUAUGUUUCACCCAUGGGAGACAGACACGGCUCAGCUUGGCGCUACCUGGCCAAUACGAGCUGGUGCACCAGCUGGCGGCUAACUGUGGCCGCUGGGACACAGUUCCCCGGGAAGACCUGGAGAUCCAUGAGGAAUGUGAGGACCCGGCCCACAAACUAGCAGAGCUGGAGAUCACCCUGCAUCACCCACUGCUACAGGAAGCAAAGGUCAUGGUGGUGCCUUGUCAGAGUGUACAGCCCAUAGAAGAUGCCCUGGAUGACUGCAAACGCAGCGUGAUCCCCAUUAUACUGUAUGCCAUCAACAAGGACUCCCUAAGCACAGAGCAGGUGGCUGAGCUCUGGAAGGUCAAAGAGAUGCUCUCCUUUCCCAUCUGUUUUAUUCGUAUCCCUGACACCAUACCUGCAGCCUCCCCAGAACCCGGCCGCCGUGCGGAGAAGGAGAAGGAGAGGGAGAAGAGCGCCCUCUAUAAGCAGCUGCUCUCCCUCGGCUUCCUUCAUAGCCCAGUAGGAAACUGCCCCUGUGGAGCCCCUGCACAGAUGCCCACCCCGGGUGCAAAGCCCCAGAGCGUGCUGGGUGAGACAUUCGAAAGGCUGCAUCGGUUGCUGGUGCCUUUUGUUCGCCUAGUGCUUCAAAACCAGCAGGUGGAGGCUGCCAACCUGCUUAAUGGGGUUCAUUGUCGCUGUCUAGAUCUUUUCAUCAACCAGGCCUUUGACAUGCAGAGGGACCUGCAGAUAACACCUCGCAGGCUGGAGUACACCCGAGAGAAAGAGGGGGAGCUCUUCACCUCCCUUAUGGCCAUCGCUAAUCGCAAACAGGAAGAAAUGAAGGAGAUGAUUGUGGAAACGCUCGGCUGUAUGAAGGAGCAGCUGCUGGAGGAUGCUGCCAACCUGGAGUUUACAGACAUCAUUGUAACAACUAAUGGAGACCCCGUUACGUCGAAGGAGAUCAAAUCUUGCAUCCACCAGAUCCAGGAGCUGAUAGUGGUUCGUUUGAAUCAGGCCGUGGCGAAUAAGCUUAUCAGCUCUGUGGACUAUCUGAGGGAGAGCUUUGUAGGAACUCUGGAGCGAUGUCUCGACAGUCUGGAGAAGUCAACCAUGGAAUCUUCUGUCCACAAUAUCACUUCCAAUCACCUCAAACAGUUAUUAAAUGCUGCCUAUCACGUAGAGGUCACAUUUCAUUCAGGAUCCUCUGUCUCAAGAGUCUUCUGGGAGCAAAUCAAACAGAUAAUCCACAGGAUAACGUUUGUGAACCCUCCUGCCAUCACUCCAGAGUGGAAGCGGAAAGUGGCCCAGGACGCCAUAGAAAGUCUCAGCGCUGCCAAACUGGCCAGAAGCAUCUGCUCCCAGUUCAGAACCAGACUCAACAGCUCCCAUGAGGCCUUUGCAGCAUCUCUGCGCCAGCUGGAGGAAGGGCACACGGGUCGUCUGGAGCGCACUGAGGAUCUAUGGCUGCGUGUGAGGAAGGACCACGCCCCGCGGCUGGCCCGCCUUUCUCUAGAGAGCCGCUCCCUCAGGGAUGUGCUGCUGCAUGGCAAGCCAAAACUCGGGCGAGAGUUGGGUCGGGGUCAGUACGGAGUUGUGUACUUGUGUGACAGUUGGGGUGGACGCUACCCGUGUGCCUUAAAGUCCGUGAUACCGCCUGAUGAUAAACACUGGAACGACCUGGCUUUGGAGUUUCACUACACAAGGUCCCUGCCGAAGCAUGAGCGGCUUGUCGACCUGCAUGGCUCUGUGAUCGAUCACACCUACGGCAGCGGCACCGGCAUCGCUGUGCUGCUCAUCAUGGAGCGGCUGCACAGAGACCUCUAUACAGGCUUGAAGGCUGGUUUAUCACUGAGGGAGAGACUUCUGAUUGCUCUGGAUGUGGUGGAGGGGAUCCGCUUCCUGCACGGUCAGGGCCUCUUGCACAGAGACAUAAAGCUAAAAAAUGUUCUGCUGGACAAACAAAAUCGUGCAAAGAUCACUGAUCUGGGUUUCUGUAAACCAGAGGCCAUGAUGUCUGGCAGCAUCGUUGGAACCCCCAUCCACAUGGCUCCAGAGCUUUUUACAGGAAAGUAUGAUAACUCUGUUGAUGUUUACGCCUUCGGGAUCCUUUUCUGGUACCUCUGCACUGGUUCAGUAAAACUCCCAGAAGCCUUUGAGAAAUGCUCCAGUAAGGACCAACUCUGGAAUAACGUUAAAAAAGGAGCCAGACCCGAGCGGUUGCCCACUUUCGAUGAGGAAUGCUGGCAGCUGAUGGAGGCCUGCUGGAACGGGGACCCUUCCCAGAGGCCCAUGCUCGGUAUUGUGGAGCCCAGCCUGCAAAGCAUCAUGGUCCGGCUCUGUAACUGCGGCUCAGAACAGAAAAGCAGCAGCCUCGAGGACUCAAACUGAAAACACUCCAGACAAACUAACACUCGCGUGACAGGGAUUCUGAUCAGGAAAGUAUUUCUCUUGUAUUUAUGAAAGACGGAGAUAAACAGGUGACCGAUGAAUAAUGUUCGAGCUGCACUCCUUUGUUGGAUUUACAUUAUUUAUGAGGAGUUGAUACAGUCCAGAAGUUUGCAAAUAUGUGUGUUUUAUUUGUUUGUGCUUUGUGUAUUUGUAUACAAACUCUACAACAUGCUUUUGUCGUAGUUGCCACGCUAAUUGCUACUUUGUCAUAGAAUUGUUACUAGAUGCAAAUGUUUUAAAAAGUAGUCCAUUCCCAGUGUUAUGAAAAAAAUAUAAAUAUAUAAAAGAUUAAUUUUAGAUUGUAUUUAAACUGAACAUGUCUGCAUCUAUACAAACACAUUUUUUUUAAUAAAAUGAUCUGUUACAACACGA